ACCUAAGAAAAUGGAAUGAGGUGAAAAAGAGGAAAGGAAAUUAAAAAAAAACUAAACAACAAGGCUCAAGAUCUCACUGUUAUUCCUUUAAGUGGCAGGUUUGAAACUUUAAACAUCACAGAAUGCGACUCAAAAGAAAGAGAUGUAGCACAAUUUGGUAAUGAAAAAUACUAUUUAAAGCAGGAAAAAGAAAAAAAAAACAUCAAUCAAUAAACCAAUAUCAACAGGCAAGAAGAGUAAAGAUGGUCGAAAAACAAUGGAUGUUGAAUUUUACGCAGACAGCCAUGGAAGGGGUCUUCCUGAAACAAUCGGUGCCUGUAGUGGCUACAGUCUGCCAAGUGUACAGACAAGCUGAAGGAGCUCUUCAUCGACCCAUGGUCAUUAUUGCAGGGACGAAUAACAUUCUUAAAAAAUCAACUGAAGAAAUCUACUCUAACUUAGAGAGGAAUUUGCAGAGCUUAACCAAAGAAAGAACUGUACAUGUAACAACAAUUCCUAACCGCUAUGAUACAAACCCGAUUGAUCCAACACAUCACGAUAUAAACAUAGCAAAUAAUUAUAUCAAGGAAAUUGCUGUAAGAAUGGAUAAUGUGCACAUCAUUGACUUGGACGAACUUGGAAGAGAUCAUUUCACUCGACAUGGCCUACACCUAAAUUAUCGAGGAAAAAAAAAACUAUCUUAUAUGAUAAUUGAUUCCCUGGAACAAACCUUCAAAUAUCACAAAGGAAAAAAACACCUAAGCACUGAAAUAGAACUUCCUUCUCAAUCUUCAACCAUAAAACCCUACUCUAUCAACAUAAUUGAGGCAGACAUGAAAAAAAUAAUAAGACAACACCAAAACGAUCCUACAAUAGCCUUUGCGCACGCUAUCUCUAACGAUUUAGACCAUGAAAGAAACAUGAGUGCUGGGGUUGCUGUAGUUUUUAGAGAAAGUUUCGGAAGGCCUCAAACCUCUGACUUUGUGGAUACAAAAUUAACAUGUCAGACACUUAAGAGCGGAGCGGAGUUCAGUUUGGUCACUAAAGAAAAUUACAAUGGUAAACCGACCCAACAAAGUUAUAAUGAGGCUUUUGAACAAUUGAUCAAGGACUUCAAGAAAAAGCAGCUAAAAACCCUCUAUUGUUCGCCUAUGGGAUGUGUACGUGACCUGAUAAGACUGGAAAAUUUAUGUGAAAACAUAACCCGCCUUCAGCAAACCACAGGUGCUACAGUCUGUGUAACAUCCUAUGACCAACCAUCUGCGAGAAGGAAGCUGUGGCAUGGUCUCACUCAUACCGAGUUUAUGGAGAAACUGCGACAAGUAAUGAAUGACUCGAGAAGUAAAGCAGCAUCCCAAACAACUACUACAGUGAACUCGCCCUCUGUCAGCCCAAUCAGACUUAGACCCACUCAACUUGGAGACAACGCAGACACCACACAGAGUUCAGUGAGCCCGAGGGUGGUGCCAGGCUCUCAAGAGUACAGCCAAGUAGUGAGGUCUACGCUAGUGAGUGAUGUGCAAAAGCAGAGUAAUGUGUCUGGUGUUGAGUCUGACCAAGUUCCACAAAAAUGUACCAUAAACAAGAGUAAUAUAAAUAGUAGUAUAACUGAUAGUACAGGACUAGUGGAAAAUGUUAAUUUAAACUGACUUUAGGUGACAAAAAUAAUGUAUCUGCAAACUGUAAUUCUUUAAAUAACCCAAAACUAGCUUCUUUCAAUAUUCACUCCAGUUUGAUAAUGCACUAUAACAUUCAAGGUUUUAACCCCCAUAAGAUUUCUGAAUUAUGUUUAUUUUUAUCUCAGCUAAAUUCAAAAAUUAAAGUAAUAUCUAUAAACGAGCACUGGCUUAACAAUUAUUCCAUUGUGUUAUUAGAGAACAUAAAUAAUUUUAGAAUAGCUGAUUUUUAUGUUAGGAAAAAUUCAUUGAGAGGAGGUUCAUGUUUAUUGGUAGAAGCUAGUUGUAAAUAUAAAGUUUUGAAGAAUAUCUCCUUAGGUUUGAAUCAGGAUUUAAUAUUUGAGUGUUCUGCUGUGGACUCAUUGAUUUAAACUCUAUUGUCAUAUAUGUAUAUACAAUUCCUAAUUAUGAGGAAAAGAAAUUAUUUUUUGCAAAGUUUGAAAAGCUUCUCUUCUUUUUGCAACAGCGAAUGAGUAAUAAAUCAAUUUUUGUCACAGGCGAUUUUAAUGUAAAUAUUUUAGAAAAUAGUAUAUUUUCAAGCAAGUUUAAAGAAUUAAUAGAGUGUUACGGGUUUUCUCUACAAUUUGAGGAACCAACUAGAAUAACCCAGUCUUCAUCAUCCUGCUUGGACAACAUUAUAACAAAUAAAAAAUACAAUGCAAAGAUUAAAAUCAAUAUGGAUUUAGGGUUGUCUGACCAUAAUGCUAUCUUUUUAAAUAUACCUGGUCAAAAAAAAUCCAAAAUCCGAACAAAAAUAAUGUUGUGAUCAAAAAGAGAAUAUAUUCAGAUAUUAAUGUUAAUGGUUUUGUUCACUGCUUGGAAAGAAGUGGUAUCUCAGAUUUUGACCCAGCUCUUGAUGUUAAUAAAAAUUACAACAAUUUUUUAAGUAACUUCAUAAUGACAUUGAAUAAUAUCUUCCCUCAUAAAACUUUUAAGAGGACCACCAAGACUAAACCGGUAGUCUUGAAUUGGGUUACUCUGGGUAUUGAAAUAUCUAGUAAGAAGAAAAGGGAACUUCAUUGGGAAGCAAAAAUAAACAGAAAUCCAGAGUUUUUAAAUUAUGUCAAGUCUUACAAAAAAACAUUCAAAAAAGUAGUAAAGGCAGCAAAAAUAAUGGCAAAUAGCGCCUACAUAGUUCAAUCUGAAAAUAAAUCUAAAGCUGCCUGGAAAAUUGUAAAUACAGAACUUGGCCACAAUGUUAUUAAAACUAAAACUGGUAUUGUAUUGAAUGGGUCCAAGGAUGGAGAGGACAUUUCUAGUCCUCAAGUUGUAGCUGAGAGUUUUAAUGAUUAUUUUUCAAAUAUAGUUUUAAAUACCAAUGUAAAGAGAGCCACCGUUAAUGGAGUUCAUAUGUCAAUGAAGCUCACUUGUUGUGAGGCUGGGGUUUCAUUGUCUAGCUUAAACCCUUGCAAUAUUGGUGAAAUUACUAAAAUAAUCUUAUCAAUGAAAAAUAAAACCUCAUUAGGAUGGGAUGAAAUACCUAUCAAGUUGAUAAAAGCCACUGUUCAUAUAAUAUCAAGGCCCCUCACAUUAAUUAUCAACCAAUGUCUGAGAGAAGGAGUUUUCCCAGAAAAAUUGAAAUAUUCACAAAUAUCACCAGUUUUUAAGAAAGGCUCAAAAAAGGAUUUAAGCAAUUAUCGCCCCAUAUCAGUUUUAAGUAAUCUGUCAAAAAUAUUUGAAAAAGUAAUUAACUUAAGACUUGUAAAUUAUUUUGAAAAUAAUCACUUAUUUUACAGUAAACAGUUUGGUUUUCGCAAAAAUGUUGGGACAAGGUCAGCUCUCACAGAAUUUACAAAUGAGGUGAUGGUGGCACUUGACAGGUCGCAGGCUACAGCGGGUGUUUUAUGUGACCUGUCUAAGGCCUUUGACUGCGUGGACCAUGGAGUAUUGUUACUCAAAUUAAACGAUUACGGUAUAAAAGAAAAUUGCUUUAAGCUCUGUUGAAAUCCUAU